CUAACUAUUUGCGGCUCAACAUAAAAGUGUUUUUAUUUUUGUUUAUUUAAUUUUUUUGCAAUAUGUACGUCUUGCGGGACCAACAUAAGUAUUCAAAUGUCAGCAACAGCUACGGCUUUGUUUGUAGGACCCUGGAAAAGCAAUGUGGAAUCCAGCAUCUUGGAUCUUACGAGAAAUACGAGUUUGUGGAGCUUCUUAAGUUGCUUAAUGCCAAGGAACGGCUAUUGGCCUCAAAGUUCUUCUGCCAGUUGCCCGCCAAUGUGGGCAGUUUCCGCGUCCUACUCCAGCUCCAGCAGCUCGGCAUACUCACAGCCUCAGAGUACAUACUUAGCAAGGAACAUUCGGACCAGCUGCAAGUGGACUUAAUAAUAUUUCUGGAAUCGGAAUUCGAGCUGCUUACAAACGUAUUUCUUUCUGCGGCAUAUGAUGUCGAGUGCGGUGUGAAAUUGACCUCAAUCCUUACAGCUGCGCUGGGCAAUCUCUAUGCCGGCCUCAUGAGCAAUCCAAAAAUAAGUACUUUGGGCUAUGUAGAACCCUUGUGCCGGUCCCUACCAGAUGACGCCUUAAGAGUGUGCAGAAAUAUGCACUUAAGUACCCUGAUGGAACUGCAUCAAUCGGAGGAUAUCACAGAGGCCUUUGCAAGCUUCAGUGCUUGGAUCAAUGAGGGUGUUGAUGAACUCACCUUUGUAAAGCACCUCUGCGAUAAGCUGCUUGCCUGUCAUCAUCAGGAAGUCCUUCAAUUCCUUUUCAAGCAGUCGAACAUGGAAGGUUUCAAAGAAUGGAAGUUCUAUCUAAUUCUAGUGCAGUCCAUUGCCAGCGCAGCCAAUUUGGAAACUACAGCAUUUAUAAAGAAGCAUCUGAAAAAUCGCCUACUGCAUACCGCCUCUUCGGGCUGCCUUAAAUCUCUGUUGCACUUGCUGCUGACGGCGCGGGCUGCUACCGCCACUACCAUGGAUAUUCAGAUCAAUCUAGAUAAUUACGCCAAGUGGUAUAAGCAGAACAUUGGCGAAAUGACUUACGUCCUGGGGACGGAAAAAUUCCAGAUCAUUUUGGGACUUCUUGAAGAAUCAUUGCAAUACGAAAGAGAACUGCUUUACCUAGACAUUCACGUGACCAUAGCCAUUUCACCUGGCGGUCGACUCGUUCAGAGCUACAAAACCAAGUGUCGUGCAUAUGCAUCUCAACUGAAAGCGGAAACCAAGAAAAAACCGCUUAAAGAAAAAAAUACCAUCUAGAUUAAGUGCAGCACACGUUUCGGCGGGACUACAAAUGAAUUUCUUGUGCAAUUCGUAGCCUG